ACCAGAGCCGCGGUGCAUGCUGGACUCAGUGAGUGGCUUUGCGGCGGCGUGAGUGCGGCCUAGCACUGAACGUGAUCCCCUCUCUGUCGUAGUUACCGUCGGAUCGCGGGCGCCGUAGUCACCGGACGAGGCGAACCUUCCUUCUCGUGAUAGACAACGAAGCAGCGACUAUUUCUGCUCCUGGCUCCGGGACCCCUACCCAGCUGGGGUGGGUUGGUACUGUAAAUAUGUCAUAUCCCCCACAUCUUAACCGUCCCCCUAUGGGGAUCCCAACUCUUCCUCCUGGGAUUCCUCCCCCACAGUUUCCAGGUUUUCCUCCUCCUCCUGGUACUCCAAUGAUUCCUGUACCAAUGAGUUUAAUGGCUCCAGGACCAACUGUUUUAUUGCCAACUGUACCUAUGGUUGGAAAACACCUGGGGCCUCGAAAAGACUUAAUGGGUCUGAAAAAUAAGGAGAAUGAUGAGAACAGUGGCCCUACAACCACUGUUUUUGUAGGAAAUAUUUCAGAUAAGGCCUCAGACAUGCUUAUUCGGCAGCUACUAGCUAAAUGCGGUUUGGUAUUGAGCUGGAAAAGGGUGCAAGGGGCAUCUGGGAAGCUGCAAGGUAAGUGUGCUUUUGGAUUUUGUGAAUAUAAAGAGCCUGAAUCUACUUUGCGAGCGUUGCGGUUACUUCAUGAUCUACAGAUUGGCGAAAAGAAAUUACUUGUAAAAGUAGAUGCAAAGACUAAAGCUCAACUGGAUGAAUGGAAAGCAAGCAGGAGAUCUUCCAAUGGGAAUGUCCUUCCCGAGUCAACUGCUGAUGAAGAUGAUGAUAUUGAUGAAGAAACAAAAAGAAGAGACAGUCUUAUUAAAGGUGCAAUUGAAGUGCUAAUAAAAGACUAUUCCAGUGAGCUAAACGCUCCAUCUCUAGACUCUGAAUCGCAACCUAAAAAGAAAAGGAAAGAUAAGAAAGAAGAAUUGUCACAAGAAGACAUAAACGUAAUAGAAAUUGAAGAAGAUAAGAGAGACCUGAUAUCACGCGAGAUCAGUAAAUUCAGAGAUACACACAAGAAACUGGAAGAAGAGAAGGGCAUAAAGGAAAAGGAGAGACAAGAGUUUGAGAAACAACGGAGGGAAAGAGAGAGGGAGCGUGAGCGAGAGAGGAGAGAGCGAGAACGGGACCGCGAGAAAGAGCGGGAGAAGGAAAAAGAGAGAGAGCGGGAUAGAGACAGAAACAAUGAAAGAAACAGAGACCGGGACCGUGAUAGAGAGAGAGAUCGUGACAAGGAGAGAGAUCGUGGGAGAGAUCAUAGUAAAGAUCGCAGUCGAUCAAGGGAGAAAAGCAGAGAUAGGGAAAGAGACCGAGAACGUGAGCGUGAAAGAGAGAGAGAACGAGACAGAGAAAGGGACAGAGAUAAAGAGAAAAAAAGGGAGAGAGAGGAAGAUGAAGAAGAAACCUAUGAACGGCGAAAACUAGAAAGAAAACUACGUGAAAAGGAAGCUGCAUACCAAGAGCGUCUUAAAAACUGGGAGAUUAGAGAGAGGAAAAAAUCUAGAGAUUAUGAAAAGGAAGCUGAACGAGAGGAAGAGAAACGCAGAGAUAUUGCAAAAGAAGCCAAAAGAUUAAAGGAAUUUUUGGAAGAUUAUGAUGAUGACAGAGAUGAUCCCAAGUAUUACAGGGGUAGCUCACUUCAGAAAAGAUUAAGGGACAGAGAAAAAGAAAUUGAAGCAGACGAACGUGACCGCAAACGUGAGAAAGAAGAGCAUGAGGAAAUCAGGCAGCGGUUGCUAGCAGAGGGACAUCCAGACCCAGAUGCUGAGCUUCAGAGGAUGGAACAAGAGGCAGAAAGACGAAGACAACCACCACAGAUUAAACCACAGCCAGAAUCUGAGGAGGAGGAAGAGGAGAAACCCAUCAAAGAGGAGAAAAUUGAGGAACCUAUUGAGGAGGAGGAGGAAGAGCCUGAACCAAAACCCUGCCUUAAGCCAACCAUGCGGCCUAUUAGCUCUGCUCCCUCUGUCUCUUCUGGAAGUGGCCACGCCACCCCUAACUCCCCUGGGGAUGAAUCUCCUUGUGGUAUUAUUAUUCCACAUGAAAAUUCACCAGAACAGCAACCGCAAGAGGAAUACCGACCAAAAAUAGGUCUGAGCCUCAAAUUAGGUGCUUCCAGUAGUCCCAGCCAAACAAAUGCUUCUAAAAGGAAGAAACUGCCAGUAGAUAGUGUUUUUAAUAAAUUUGAAGAUGAAGAUAGUGAUGAGGUACCUCGGAAAAGAAAACUGGUGCCAUUGGAUUAUGGGGAUGAGGACAAAGCCUCUGCCAAAAAUAAUGUGAAUACUGAAGAGAAACGCAAACAUAUCAAGAGUCUUAUAGAGAAAAUCCCCACAGCUAAACCAGAACUGUUUGCUUAUCCUCUGGACUGGUCCAUUGUUGACAAUACAUUAAUGGAGCGAAGAAUCAGGCCGUGGAUCAAUAAGAAGAUCAUUGAAUAUAUUGGCGAGGAAGAAGCUACCCUAGUUGAUUUUGUGUGUUCAAAAGUGAUGGCUCACAGUUCACCACAAAGCAUUUUAGAUGAUGUUGCAAUGGUGUUGGAUGAAGAAGCUGAAGUAUUCAUAGUGAAAAUGUGGAGGCUACUAAUAUAUGAAACUGAAGCAAAGAAAAUUGGUCUUGUAAAGUAAAGCACAUUGGCUUAAUUUAAAAAGAAAAAAAUCCAUGACGCCAUUACAUCUUUGCUGUCAGUAGGGCCACUAAAAUAUUGAGGAACAAUAUGUUGCAGCCCCAGAUUUCAGCAAAGCUGUUAAUUCCACAGUCCUCAGACACAUGUAAGAUCUGGAUUAUAGUAUAGACAAUGUGAUUUUUAUUUUUUUCCCCCAUUAACGGUAACUUCUCAGCUAUUGAAGGCUUAGAGAUCAUCACAGUAUUUAGGCACAAGAGUUAAACCGGUGUGGCGACUGGUACGGUUUAUAAACUGCAGCUACUGUAUAAUGGCAUCUCCUGGUGUGUUUUCAAUUCCGUGCUUAUGUACAUAUUAAAGUUUCCAAUUUUUUGCAAACUGUUUGCACUUAAGUUCCAUGCCUGUUGUACAUAUGAAGAACAGUCUUUUGAUUCACUUGAAGACAGGUCCACUAAUUUAAAUGAACUCUGCUUCACUGUUGUCAAUUUUACCUUGCAGAAAUAAUUUUUUUUGUCUACAGACCCCUUAUUCUUGUCCGGUUUCAAUGAGAGCAUCUUUCUCUGUGACAUAAUGGAAUGUGUCAUCGUUGAGACUUUCUGUCCCUGGUGUUAUACUGCAUUUUCUGACCCCAUUUUGUGAUUGUGACACAUCGCUUUAUGCCUAAAUUCCCAAUCGGCAAUAUUUGUCUGCUACUCUUCUAAGCAUUUUAAGCCAUAUCCCAAAGGUAUUGCUCAUACAGUGUUGUUUUGGUGCAGUUUUUGUAUUUUGGAUUUAAUCAUGGCUUAAGCUUAAAGGCGAACAGGGGAUAAGUAGCUCAUUGCAGGGUUCUCCAGAACGUGACCCCUGACUCAGUGAGGAGCGUGUGUCGUCUAAAGGUAGACUGCACUUGCUCCAUUCGUUUCUAUGAGAGCACUGAUGAUGCCAGAGUGCUGUACUCGGGUCUUUUUGGCAUUCCCAUAUACAUGAAUGAAGCAUGUGUCCUCUGCCGCCCGCGCUCCUCACUGAGAGCCGGGUCCUGUUCUGGAUAUCCCGGGAAGGGGGGGGGGGAGGUCGCACCCCCCCCCCCUGCAUUCAGUUACUUAUUCCCUAAGAUAGGGGAUAAGUUAAUUUUGGUUGGAGUUCCCCUUUAACCAAAAAGACACUAAAAAGCUGUACCAAAACUGUGUUUUAUAUAGUGGGGCUGAAUUUGCUUUGCUUCUAGUGAACACCUCUUCAGUUUUAUUACCUUUUGAAAAGGGCUGCAACGUAUUGUCUUAGAACAACAUUUCUUGCUCAAAAUUUUUUACUCCCUAAUUUUAAUGUCUUUAACAUGACAGCAAAACAAAAGGUUUGCUCAAGAAAAUCUUAUUUUGCCCAAAAAUAAAAAUAUUUUUUUUGUUUUGUUUUUAUACAUUAAAUCCAUACAGUCACAGAUUUCCAUUUGAUGUGUUUCUGGCAAUAAUAAUGGGAUAGAUAAGCACACCUUUCAAUUUAUCUCUAAAGACACCUGAAAUAACUAAGAUGGGUAUUAGGGUUGGGGGCAAAUUGUUCAAAUGCUACCACUUGACUCAUCCACAAGUAUUUCACAGUCCAAGAAUUCAUGAUUUUUUUAAAUAUUUUUUUGUUUAUUUUAUAUAAAAAAUUCUGAAGAAUUUGUCACACAUCUACUUGAUAAGUGAUUAAUACUAGACCAUUGCCAAACAGUGUCACCAGCUGUUGAAAAACUACAUCUCCCAGCAUGGUGGUAGUUGUAGUUUUGCAACAGCUGGAGGCACACUGUUUGGAAAACACUGCACUAGACUGUGGUCUGACAGCUGGGAGCCCUAUGAGUUUCCAGAACACAAGACCCUGUCCCUCGUCUACCAACUGGAGGAGUCUGAGUGAAGCUGCAGUUGAAUAUGUGCCCACCACUCCAUUCAUUCUAAAUCUUAUGAUGCUACUAGGAAUGGCAAUAAGUGUCAAAAACACAGUGCUCAGCUGUUUCAGUCAGUACUAUGGCACAUGAUCGACUGCAAACUCCCCCUAGCUGAGCGAAUGUGUCCCCACCUCUGGGACUGAUCUUGCAUUGAUCAACUAUCCAAUGAAUAGGUGAUAAAUACUUCAACCCCGUAUACCCCUUUUUAAAUAAGCUGUUGUAAGGUCCAGUGGCAUUCUCUUCUGGAGCUGUACAAUGCCUCUUGCGAAAUGUCCAUUGUGCAGCUAAUGUCCGCUUUUACGUUCAUCAGCAUGUGCUAAGGGUUAAACACACUGAUCCCAAUUCAGACAUGAGUUAGGGCUCGCUAGAUCUCGCUAUAAUAUAUGUAGUCGUAAUGAACAGCCGACCAAUAUUUAUUUUGUAUUGGGACUGAUUCAAUUGAAACCUGAACUGCUGUUUUUGUUUUUUUUUGUAAAACUGCUGCAAUAUCAAUUAUUGUAUUUAAAACAUUGGUUUGUCUAAAAUGUGGAAGCUGUGAUUUGAUUGCCAGACAACUUACAUUUGGAAACUGUGUCAAGCCACUAAAGGCUUAUUCUGUAAAUAGUUCAAACAUUAAAAUGUAUAUAUUUGA